AUGGCGGGGUGCGGCGGGUUCGUGGAGAAGGCGAAGCCCUACAUCGCCAUGAUCUCGCUGCAGUUCGGCUACGCCGGGAUGAACGUGCUCACCAAGUUGUCACUGAACCAGGGCAUGAGCCACUACGUGCUCGUCGUCUACCGCCACGCCUUCGCCACGCUCUCCAUCGCCCCCUUCGCCCUCGUCCUCGAGAGGAAGGUGAGGCCCAAGAUGACGUGGCCAAUCUUCUGGCAAAUCUUCAUCCUUGCCAUGCUCGGGCCGGUGAUCGACCAGAACUUCUACUACGCCGGGCUCAAGUUCACCGGCCCCACGUUCGCCUGCGCGAUGAGCAACAUCCUGCCGGCCAUGACCUUCGUCCUGGCCGUGAUCUUCAGCUGGCGUGGACCAGCAGGCACGCGUCGUCGCCCGCCGUCCACGGAGGCGGCGCCGAGGCCCCCUGCCGCCGCUGCCGCUGCGGCGGAGAUCAGCUCCAGGGACUGGUUCCUCGGCUCGGUGUUCGUCAUCGUCGCCACCCUCGCCUGGGCCUCCCUCUUCGUCCUGCAGACGCACACGAUCAAGCAGUACUCGGCGCAGCUGUCGCUCACCACGCUCGUCUGCUUCAUCGGCACGCUGCAGGCCAUCGUUGUCACCUUCGUCAUGGAGCGCCGCACCUCCGUCUGGACCAUCGGAUUCGACAUGAACCUGCUCGCCGCCGCCUACGCCGGCAUUGUGAAUUCGAGCAUCGCGUACUACGUGCAGGGCCUGGUGAUCCAGAAGACCGGGCCGGUGUUCGCGUCGGCGUUCAGCCCGCUCAUGAUGAUCAUCGUCGCCGUCAUGGGCUCCUUCAUCCUCUCCGAGAAGAUCUACCUCGGGGGCGUCCUCGGCGCCGUGCUCAUCGUGCCCGGGCUUUACUCCGUCCUCUGGGGCAAGCACAAGGAGACGCAGGAGAAGGAGGCCGACGCCAAGACGGCGCUGCCGAUGGCAGUGCAGGCAUCCUCCAUGCAAGACGGAGCAGCGAUCGUCGUUGGAGAUGACGCGGCGGGGUGCAACAUCGGGAACAAUGGCGUGAGGUCAUCCUCCGGUGUACGUGGAGCUGCUGCUGCUGCUGCUAGUGCGGUUUGA